AUGUCCCAGGAAGAACACAAUCAGGACGCUGGGGAGCUCAGUUCUGACGAGUCCGACCUGGACCUCUUGUUACCUGGGAAGUUACCUGCCAGCGCAAAGGCACAGCAGCACCCCAAAAGGCCACCAGAUGCUGUCAGCUACGAGGCACUGCAAGCUAGGGGGUUUGAUGGCGGUCCCUCACUGAUGGAGGCCUCUAAAGACAUCAGCAGAGCGCGUGAGGAGCAAAAGGAGAGGGAACGAGCGGCGGCUGAGGAAGCCGCCAAGAAGCAGGCAGAGGAGGAAGCUGCAGAGGAGGCUGCGCGGCAGCAGCGCAAGAAGAUCAAGCACCAGUCCCCGGCAGACAGCCUCCAGCAGAAGGAAAGGAUAGUGACCCAAGCAGAGGCAAGAGGAGCUGUCCUCAGGGCACAGGCUGCCGCUCAGAUGGAAAGCAAGUAUGAUUUUGGGCAGGCCCUCGAUACCUCCAUCUAUGCAGGCACGUAUUAUUGA